CAGAGGAACACAUGGGCUCCAGGGCACUUCCUCUGGUUUAGGAAAGCAAAUCCCUGGAUGAGAGUGACAAGAUGAUCAUUCCAAAAGGAUAAAUCCCACUGAUUCUCUCUAGGACUUUUCACUAGAUGAGCUCAGCAAUCAAGAUCCAUAUCAUUUUCAAGGUAUGGAUCCUAACAGUGACCUCGAUGAAGAUAAUCUUACAAGUUAUGAUAUUCAGCUUAGUAUUGAAGAAUCCAUUGAAGCCAGGCAGGCCAUGUUUCACCCUAAAAGAUUUGUGCCACAAAGUGAUCAAAACAGAAAACUGGUGGAGGCCAUAAAUCAAGGUCACAUCCUUGAGCUCCAGGAGUGUAUGAAAUACAGAUAUGCACUGGAUGAAGCUGAUGAAAAAGGAUGGCUUCCAUUGCAUGAAGCUGUUGUUCAACCAAUUCAACAGAUUCUUGAAAUUGUUCUGGAUGCAUCCUAUAAGACACUCUGGGAAUUCAAGACCUAUGAUGGAGAAACACCCUUGACUUUGGCAGUCAAAGCUGGUCUGGUGGAAAAUGUGAAGACUUUAUUAGAAAAGGGAAUAUGUCCCAAUACAAAAAAUGAUAAAGGAGAGACACCUCUUCUGAUUGCUGUUAAAAAAGGCUCCUUUGACAUGGUAUCUGCUCUGAUCAAGCACAACACCAGCCUUGACCAACCCUGUGUCAAGCGGUGGUCAGCAAUGCAUGAAGCAGCCAAGCAAGGCCGGAAAGAUAUUAUAUCUUUGCUCCUAAACCAUGGAGGCAACACCCACCUGAGAGAUGGGUUUGGAGUCACCCCACUAGGGGUUGCUGCAGAGUUUGGUCACUGUGAUGUUUUGGAACAUCUAAUCCACAAAGGUGGUGAUGUGUUUGCUUUGGCGGAUGAUGGGGCAUCAGUGUUGUUCGAGGCAGCAGGUGGGGGUAACCCUGACUGCAUCGCCCUCCUGCUGGAGUAUGGUGGAAGUGGAAACAUACCCAACAGAGCGGGACACCUCCCCAUUCACCGAGCUGCCUAUGAGGGCCACUAUCUUGCAUUAAAAUAUCUUAUCCCAGUAACAUCCAAAAAUGCAAUUCGGAAAAGUGGGCUAACUCCAGUUCACUCAGCAGCAGAUGGACAGAAUGCACAGUGCCUAGAACUGCUUAUUGAAAGUGGUUUUGAUAUCAAUGCCUUACUUGCCGAUCACAUUUCCAAGAGCUAUGAGGACGAAAGGAAAACAGCACUAUAUUUUGCCGUUUCUAAUAAUGACAUCCAUUGCACAGAAGUCCUUCUGGCUGCAGGUGCAGACCCAAACCUGGAUCCCCUCAACUGUCUCCUUGUGGCAGUGAGAGCCAAUAAUCAUGAAAUUGUCCGGCUGCUUCUUUCUCAUGGAGCUAAUGUCAAUUGCUAUUUCAUGCGUGUGAAUGACACUCGUUUCCCCAGUGCCAUUCAGUAUGCUCUAAACGACGAAGUCAUGCUGAGGCUACUGCUGAAUCAUGGCUAUCAAGUGGAGAUGUGCUUUGACUGUAUGCAUGGGGACGUUUUCGGAAAUUCAUUUGUGUGGUCCAAGAUUGAGGAAGAAGUACUUCCAGGUUGGACGUCUUGUGUAAUAAAAGAUAAUCCGUUCUGUGAGUUUAUUACAGUUCCUUGGAUGAAACACCUCGUAGGAAGCAUUGUUCGUGUAUUAAUCGAUUACAUGGAUUAUGUCCCUCUGUGUGCUAAGCUGAAGUCUGCACUAGAAGUACAGAAAGAAUGGCCAGAGAUACGCCAAGUACUGGAGAAUCCUUGUUCGCUAAAGCAUUUAUGUCGGUUAAAAAUUCGAAGACUUGUGGGACUCCAGCGCCUCAGCCAGCCGGCCUCCAUGGAGAAGCUGCCUCUACCACCAGCUGUGCAAAGAUAUAUAUUAUUUAAAGAGUAUGAUCUCUAUGGACAAGCGCUAAAAUUGCCAUAACUUAAGAAUAACAUUUUAAAAUGUGAUUUCUAAGAUAUUUUAAAAUGUGAUUCCUUUAAAAUGUGAGAAUUUAUUGGAAGCACUUUACACCCUUAAGUGUAUUUAAAUCCAUUUUUGACAAUGGUAUAGGUAUACUGUAUCCUUAUGGGUAUGUUAAAGACAUUGACUUUUUAAAAGCUAGUCAAUGUCUUAUACUGUAUUUGAAUAUAUAGUGACUAUUGUCACCUGCCACAAACUUUCAAAUUCUCCCCAUCAACUGGCUCCUACAAUAACCAGAAAUGACUUUUUAUGUUUCAGAAAGCAAAUAACUGCUUUGUUAAGCCUACAUCCCUGCCAGCUGUGGGGUCCAUUUCGCCUCUGUCUUUGGAAGGUCAACGUGUGAAAGAGCCCCUUCCUGCCUGCAGGUUCCCUCUCUGUGGCUUCCUGUCUGCGGCAUGCACAGCCCUCAUAAGGCUCCUGACAACCUUUUUGUCGCUCAAUCCAACGAGCACCUCUCAGCUGCUCUCCGUCGAUGCCUACCACACCUGGUGCUGUUGGCUGCAGCUUCUUUGAAAUUGCGCCUCCUUCCUUGGUUUUCAUUACACAGAGACCAUUUUGCUUGGCUCUGGUCCUACCUCCUCAGCUGGUCUGUCUUCUUUCACUUUGCCAUCCGCUGCCAAUCCUUUAGUUAUGUUUUCUCUGAGACGAUUCAUCUAUUGCAUGAUUGCAAUCAUUUUGCUGGUGACCCCAAGGCAUAUUUCCAGCCUCAGCUCUUGCUCAAGGGCUUGAGCGCAGUAGAGCCGAAUAGCCCAAUGGACAUUUGAGCCAAAGACCUCAAAUUCAAUGUGUCCCCAAGUGAACAAUACCCAUUUUCUCAGCCAUUAUAACAAAUCACCUAUCCCAUUAAGUUUAUCUCUUGAAAUUAUCUUUUUCUGAUCUGUCUCAUCAAUUUGAUCCUAAGCCUGACUAUGAGCUCUUUCCUGGGUGACACAGUGACACUCAUCUGCUUGCUUGUGUUUGUCUUACCCUAUCCCAUACAUACUCGACACCCAGAAUACCAGAAUUUCCUUUUAUAAAUGUAACUGGAGUUUAAAAUCAUUAAAACCAUUCUCAUUUCUCAUAGAAUAACAUCCAAAGUUCUCAGCUGGCCCUUUGUGUUCUAAGUCCUGCCUUUCUCCUUGGCCUUAUCUCUUGAUGUGUCUCUUACCACCAUCCCUUUAAUUAUAUGUGUUCAGAGGUUUAUUCUUGACAGUGAUUCCUUGAUUUUAAAGUUUUAUAUGUAAUUAGUUUUUGCUUUUUUCAUUCUAAAAUUAGGUCAUGUAUUUUUUUAAAAUGCCGUUCCUAUCCCCAUCAUUUUAUAAGAAUGCUGGAAGGUAAGAAGUUGUAAACUGAGACAUUAAAACUGAAUGGCGUUAGUGCUGGAAACGCUUAACACUGCUAUCUUUUUCCUGUAGAUGAGUGAGAAUUUCACUGUGGUCCAGUGAGUUUUAUGAGAAUCUUUGCAUGGGAACCACUGGUGUAGAAUAGAUCAAGGUUUUUUGAACCUCAGGCCUGUACUUUUACCUCUCCCUCUGUGUGCAUUCUUCUUUCCAUUUCUUUCUGCCUCUCUGCCUUUUCCCUCAGAUCUCAACUGAGAUGCCGCUUCCUGUAGAAGGGGAGGCCCCUCCCCAGUGCCUGUCCUCUUGCACUGCAGGAAACUCUGUGCCCAUCUGUCUUCCCCACUAGACUGCAAGCUCUGCAAGGGCAGGCUCUACAUCUGUCUGUUCCCCAGUCUCUCCUCAGGGCCAAACACAUUCCCUAGAGCAUGAAUGUUAUACAAGACCCAGACAAAAAUAAUCAGUGACCUCAUGGUGAAAUGACACUUUCAAAUUUCUGAAUUGGUUGGAUAAUAUUAGUAAUGUGACUAUCUAAGUGUAUUAUUCUUAGAUCUUAAUAGUGUAUUUCUUAUAUUUUAAUUUGUAUCUUGCAUAACUGUAUUUUUUUAAUAGUAGUGCCUCACUGGUUUGUACAUUUUUCAAUUGUAGUUAAUGUCAGCUAUCUUUAAAACAUAAGUAUAAAAUGCUGCUUAAUUAGGGCUAUAGUUUAUACUAAUUAAACUUUAAUAUAUUUAAUUUGAACUGUAAUGUUUUAUGUACAUGGCUUCUUGAUUCCUAUGUGGCUUAGUUGUGGUUGAAAUGUUUUGUUACCUGCAAAUAUAUCUAUGAAUAAAUAAAAGUUAAUACUGACUGUGUAAGUCUGUUAUAUGAUACUUCAGAUGUUAAACUGUACACC